AUGUCGGGGUCCACGCAGCCCGUGGCGCAGACGUGGAGGGCCACGGAGCCCCGCUACCCGCCCCAUGGCAUCUCCUACCCCGUGCAGAUCGCCCGCUCACACACGGACGUGGGGCUGCUGGAGUACCAGCACCACCCCCGGGACUUCGCCGCACACCUGUCGCCCGGCGCCCUCCUGCAGCCCCAGCGGCGGCGGCCCUCCCUGCUGUCCGAGUUCCAGCCCGGGGGCGAGAGGUCCCAGGAACUGCACCUGCGCCCCGAGCCACACUCCUACCUGCCCGAGCUGGGCAAGGCGGACAUGGAGUUCGCCGACAGCAAGCGCCCCCGCCUGGAGCUGCUGCCCGAUGCCCUGCUGCGGCCCGCGCCCCUGCUGGCCCCCAGCCAGCCCGGCGGCGCCGAGGACCUGGCCAAGGAGCGCAGCCUGGCCGGCAAGCUGGAGCCCGUGUCCCCGCCCAGCCCCCCGCGCGCCGACCCCGAGCUGGAGCUGGUGCCCCCGCGGCUGUCCAAGGAGGAGCUGAUCCAGAGCAUGGACCGCGUGGACCGUGAGAUCACCAUGGUGGAGCAGCAGAUCUCCAAGCUGAAGAAGAAGCAGCAACAGCUGGAGGAGGAGGCCGCCAAGCCGCCCGAGCCCGAGAAGCCCGUGUCGCCGCCACCCAUCGAGUCCAAGCACCGCAGCCUGGUGCAGAUCAUCUACGACGAGAACCGGAAGAAGGCCGAGGCUGCACACCGGAUCCUGGAGGGCCUGGGGCCGCAGGUGGAGCUGCCGCUGUACAACCAGCCGUCCGACACCCGGCAGUACCAUGAGAACAUCAAGAUAAACCAGGCGAUGCGGAAAAAGCUGAUCUUGUACUUCAAGAGGAGGAACCACGCCCGGAAGCAAUGGGAGCAGAAGUUCUGCCAGCGCUAUGACCAGCUCAUGGAGGCCUGGGAGAAGAAGGUGGAGCGCAUCGAGAGCAACCCGCGGCGGCGUGCCAAGGAGAGCAAGGUGCGCGAGUACUACGAGAAGCAGUUCCCCGAGAUCCGCAAGCAGCGCGAGCUGCAGGAGCGCAUGCAGAGCAGGGUGGGCCAGCGCGGCGGCGGCGGGCUCGCCAUGGCGGCCGCCCGGAGCGAGCACGAGGUGUCCGAGAUCAUCGACGGCCUCUCGGAGCAGGAGAACCUGGAGAAGCAGAUGCGGCAGCUGGCGGUGAUCCCGCCCAUGCUGUACGACGCCGACCAGCAGCGCAUCAAGUUCAUCAACAUGAACGGGCUCAUGGACGACCCCAUGAAGGUGUACAAGGACCGGCAGGUCAUGAACAUGUGGAGCGAGCAGGAGAAGGAGACCUUCCGCGAGAAGUUCAUGCAGCACCCCAAGAACUUCGGCCUGAUCGCCUCGUUCCUGGAGAGGAAGACCGUGGCCGAGUGCGUGCUCUACUACUACCUGACCAAGAAGAACGAGAACUACAAGAGCCUGGUUCGGCGCAGCUACCGCCGCCGCGGCAAGAGCCAGCAGCAGCAGAUGCCGCGGGGCAGCCAGGAGGAGAAGGAGGAGAAGGAGAAGGAGGCGGAGAAGGAGGAGGAGCGGCCCGACGUGGACGACAAGGAGGAGCUGACCAAGGAGAAGGCGGACGACACCUCCGGGGAGGACAACGAUGAGAAGGAGGCCGUGGCCUCCAGAGGCCGCAAGACGGCCAACAGCCAGGGCCGGCGCAAGGGCCGCAUCACCCGCUCGAUGGCCAGCGAGGCCAACAGCGAGGAGGCCGCCACGCCGCAGCCGAGCGCCGAGCUGGCCUCCAUGGAGAUGAACGAGAGCUCCCGCUGGACGGAGGAGGAGAUGGAGACUGCCAAGAAAGGCCUCCUGGAGCACGGCCGGAACUGGUCGGCCAUCGCCCGCAUGGUGGGCUCCAAGACAGUGAGCCAGUGCAAGAACUUCUACUUCAACUACAAGAAGCGCCACAACCUGGACGAGAUCCUGCAGCAGCACAAGCUCAAGAUGGAGAAGGAGAGGAACGCGCGGCGGAAGAAGAAGAAGGCCCCGGCCGCCGCCAGCGAGGAGGCGGCCUUCCCGCCGGCCGUGGAGGACGAGGAGAUGGAGGCCUCGGGCGCCAGCGGCAACGAGGAGGAGAUGGUGGAGGAGGCGGAAGCCUCCCAGGCCUCCGGCAGCGAGGUGCCCAGAGGGGAGUGCGGCGGCCCAGCCGCCGUCAACAACAGCUCGGACACGGAGAGCGUCCCCUCGCCCCACGCCGAGGCCGCCAAGGACCCGGGGCCCAACGGGCCCAAGCCCCCGCCCGCCCCGGGCCCGGACGCGCCGCCCGCCGAGCCCCCCACCCCGCCGCCCGAGGACGCCCCGGCCCCCGCCGAGCCCGCCCCGGCCCCCGAAGCCGCCGGCCCGCCUACACCCCCCGCGGCCCCCCCGGGGCCCGCGGCGCCCCCUCCCGUGGUCCCCAAGGAGGAGCAGGAGGAGGAGGCCCCGGCGGCGGCCCCGGCGGCGGAGGAGGGGGAGGAGAAGCCCGCCGUGGCCCCGGAGCUGGCCGUGGCCGUGGGCAAGAAGGAGCCGCCGGACGAGGGGCCGCCGGCCCAGCCCAUCAAGACCGAGUGCAAGGAGGAGGCCCUGGAGGAGGCGCCCGACAAAGCCAAGGGCAGCGCGGAGGCCGGCGCCGAGCCCGCGCCCGAGGGGACCGUCAAAGUGGAGAAAAAGGAGGGCGGCAGCAGCUCUGGGGGCAAAGCCCCUUCCACCAAGGGCGCAGGCGCCCCCCAGGACAGUGACUCCAGCGCCACCUGCAGCGCCGACGAGGUGGACGAGCCGGAGGGAGGCGACAAGAACAGGCUGCUGUCGCCGCGCCCCAGCCUCCUCACCCCGACCGGCGACGCCCGGGCGCACGCCUCACCCCAGAAGCCUCUGGACCUGAAGCAGCUGAAGCAGCGGGCGGCCGCCAUCCCCCCCAUCCAGGUCACCAAGGCCCAGGAGCCCGCCAGGGAGGACCCAGCGCCCGCGAAGCCGGCUCCGCCCGCCCAGCCGCCGCCGCACCUGCAGCCCGAGAGCGGCCCCCAGCCGCCCGGCAGCAGCCCGCGGGGCAAGAGCCGGAGCCCCGUCCCGCCGGCCGAGAAGGAGGAGAAGCCCGUGUUCUUCCCGGCCUUCGCCGCCGAGGGCCAGAAGCUGCCCGCCGAGCCCCCGUGCUGGACGCCGGGCCUGCCCUUCGCCGUGCCCCCCCGCGAGGUGAUCAAGGCGUCCCCGCACGCCCCCGAGCCCUCCGCCUUCUCCUACGCCCCGCCCGGUCACCCCCUGGCCCUGGGCCUGCACGACGCCGCCCGGCCCGUCCUGCCGCGCCCGCCCCCCAUCUCCAACCCGCCGCCCCUCAUCUCCUCCACCAAGCACCCCGGCGUGCUGGACCGGCAGGUGGGUGCCGCCGCCCGCGGCCUGUCGGUGCAGCUGCACAUCCCGUACUCGGAGCACGCCAAGGUCCCCGUGGGCCCCCUCGCCAUGGGGCUGGCCCCCGCCCUGGACCCCAAGAAGCUGGCGCCCUUCAGCGGUGUGAAGCAGGAGCAGCUGUCCCCCCGGGGCCAGGCGGGGCCCCCGGAGAGCCUGGGGGUGCCCACGGCCCAGGAGACGUCCGUGCUGCGAGGGACCACCCUGGGCUCGGUGCCGGGAGGGAGCAUCAGCAAGGGCAUGCCCAGCGCCCGGGUGCCCGCCGAGAGCCCCAUCAGCUACCGCGGCUCCAUCACCCACGGCACCCCGGCUGACGUCCUCUACAAGGGCACCAUCACCCGGAUCGUCGGCGAGGACAGCCCCAGCCGCCUGGACCGCGGGCGGGAGGACGGCCUGCCCAAGGGCCAUGUCAUCUACGAGGGCAAGAAGGGCCACGUGCUGUCCUACGAGGGUGGCCUGUCCGUGGCCAAGGAGGACGGCCGGAGCAGCUCGGGGCCCGCCCACGAGACCGCCGCCCCCAAGCGCACCUACGACGUGAUGGAGGGCCGCGUGGGCCGCGCCAUCGCCUCCGCCGGCAUCGAAGGCCUCAUGGGCCGCGCCAUCCCCCCCGAGCGGCACAGCCCCCACCACCUGAAGGAGCAGCACCACACCCGCGGCUCCAUCACCCAAGGGAUCCCGCGCUCCUACGUGGAGGCCCAGGAGGACUACCUGCGGCGCGAGGCCAAGCUGCUGAAGCUGGAGGGCACGCCGCCGCCCCGGGACCCGCUGGGCCCGCUGAAGCCGCAGCCGCACGAGGGGCUGGUGGCCACGGUGAAGGAGGCCGGCCGCUCGGUGCACGAGAUCCCGCGGGAGGAGCUGCGGCGCACGCCCGAGCUGGCCCUGGCGGCGCGGCCGCUCAAGGAGGGCUCCAUCACGCAGGGCACCCCGCUCAAGUACGACGCGGCCCCCUCGGGCGCCAAGAAGCACGACGUGCGCUCCAUCAUCGGCAGCCCCGGCCGCACCUUCCCGGCCGUGCACCCGCUGGACGUGAUGGCGGACGCGCGGGCGCUGGAGCGCGCCUGCUACGAGGAGAGCCUGAAGGGCCGGCCGGGCGCGGGCGCCGGGGGCUCCAUCACGCGGGGCGCCCCGGUCAUCAUGCCCGAGCUGGGCAAGCCCCGCCAGAGCCCCCUGGCCUACGAGGACCCCGCCGCCGCCUUCGCCGGCGCCCUGCCCCGCGGCUCGCCUGGGACCACGCGGGAGCCCACGCCGCGCCUGCAGGAGGGCAGCCACGCGUCCGGCAAGGCGUCCCAGGACCGGAAGCUGACGUCCACGCCGCGCGAGAUCGCCAAGUCCCCGCACAGCGCGGUGCCCGAGCACCACCCGCACCCGCUGUCUCCGUACGAGCACCUGCUCCGCGGCGUGAGCGGCGUGGACCUGUACCGCGGCCACAUACCGCUGGCUUUCGACCCCGCCUCCAUGCCCCGCAGCGCCGCGCUGGACGCAGCGGCCGCCGCCUACUACCUGCCCCGGCACCUGGCCCCGAACCCCACGUACCCGCACCUGUACCCGCCCUACCUCAUCCGCGGCUACCCCGAGACGGCGGCGCUGGAGAACCGGCAGACCAUCAUCAACGACUACAUCACCUCGCAGCAGAUGCACCACGCCGCCUCCGCCAUGGCCCAGCGCGCCGACAUGCUGCGCGGCCUGGCGCCCCGCGAGUCCUCGCUGGCGCUCAGCUACGCCGCCGGCCCGCGAGGCAUCAUCGACCUGUCCCAAGUGCCACACCUGCCCGUGCUGGUGCCCCCAACGCCGGGCACGGCCGCCACCGCCAUGGACCGCCUGGCCUACAUCCCCGCCGCCCAGCACUUCAGCAGCCGGCUCAGCAGCUCCCCACUCUCCCCGGGAGGCCCCACCCCCCUGACAAAGCCCGCGGCCACGUCCUCCGAGCGGGAGCGGGAGCGGGAGCGGGAGCGGGAGCGGGAGAAGCCCGUCCUCGCGGCCAGCGCCACGGUGGAGCACGCACCCAUCUGGAGGCCCGGCACGGAGCAGAGCAGCGGCGGCAGCACGGGCGGCCGCCCGGCCUCGCACCCCCACCAGCACUCGCCCAUCUCGCCGCGGGCGCAGGACGCCGUGCAGCAGCGGCCCAGUGUGCUGCACAACACGGGCCUGAAGGCCGCCGCCGCCGAGCACAGCGCGCCCACGGUCCUGAGGUCCACCUCCACGUCCUCGCCCGUCCGCCCGGCCGCCACAUUCCCGCCCGCCGCCCACUGCCCGCUGGGCAGCGCCCUGGACGGCGUCUACCCCGCCCUGCUGGACCCCGUGCUGCUGCCCAAGGAGGCCCCGCGGGUCAGCCGGCCCGACAGGCCCCGCGCGGACGCCGCGGCCCACGCCUUCCUCGCCAAGCCCCAGGCCCGCGCCGGGCUGGAGCCCGCGGCCUCCCCGGGGAAGGGCGCCGAGCCCCGCGCCCCGGCCGCCGCCGGCCACGCAGCCCUGGCCCGCGCCCCCGCCAAGAGCCUCGCCGCGCACCGCGCCAGCCCGGACCCGCCGGCCGCCGACCCUGCGCGGGAUAAGCCUCACAGUAAACCCUUUUCCGUCCAGGACCUGGAGCUCCGGACUCUGGGUUACCACGGCGGCAGCUACAGCCCUGACGGAGUGGAGCCCGUCAGCCCCGUGGGCUCCCCGAGCCUGAGCCACGACAAGGGGCUCCCCAAGCACCUGGAGGAGCUGGACAAGAGCCACCUGGAGGGGGACCUGCGGCUCAAGCAGCCGGGCUCGGGGAAGCUGGGCGGCGAGGCCACACACCUCCCGCACCUGCGGCCGCUGCCCGAGGGCCAGCCCGCCGCCAGCCCGCUGCUCCAGGCCGCGCCGGGGGUCAAAGGUCACCAGCGGGUGGUCACCCUGGCCCAGCACAUCAGCGAGGUCAUCACGCAGGACUACACGCGGCACCACCCGCAGCAGCUGGGCGCACCCCUCUACUCCUUCCCCGGCGCCACCUGCCCCGUCCUGGACCUCCGCCGCCCGCCCAGCGACCUCUUCCUGCCGCCCCCCGACCACGGCGCCGCCCGCGGCUCCCCGCACAGCGAGGGGGGCAAGAGGACGCCGGAGCCGAGCAAGACGGCCCUGGGCAGCGGCGAGGACGGCAUUGAGCCCGUGUCCCCGCCCGAGGGCCUGGCCGAGCCCGGGCACCCCCGGAGCGCCCUGUACCCCCCGCUGUACCGCGAUGGGGAGCCCGUGGAGUCCAGGAUGGGCUCCAAGUCCCCGGGGAGCACGGGGCAGCCGCCCGCCUUCUUCAGCAAGCUGACCGAGAGCACGUCCGCCAUGGUCAAGUCCAAGAAGCAGGAGAUCAGCAAGAAGCUCGGCGCCCACAGCCGGAAUGAGCCGGAAUGCAAUAUCGGCCAGCCCGGCACCGAGAUCUUCAACAUGCCCGCCAUCACCGGCACAGGCCUCAUGACCUGCCGAAGCCAGGCGCUGCCCGAGCAGGCCAGCACCAACCUGGGGCUGGAGGCCAUAAUUAGAAAGGCGCUCAUGGGUAAAUAUGACCAGUGGGAGGAGCCCCCGCUCGGCGCCAAUGCUUUUAACGCUCUGAACGCCAGUGCCGGCCUGCCCGCUGCUAUGCCCAUAACCGCUGCCGACGGACGGAGCGAACACACACUCACCUCGCCAGGUAGCGGCGGGAAGGCCAAGGUCUCGGGCAGACCCAGCAGCCGGAAAGCCAAGUCCCCGGCCCCGGGCCUGGCCCCCGGGGACCGGCCCCCCUCGGUGUCCUCCGUGCACUCGGAGGGGGACUGCAGCCGCCGGACGCCGCUGACCAGCCGCGUCUGGGAGGACCGGCCCUCAUCCGCAGGCUCCACUCCGUUCCCCUACAACCCGCUGAUCAUGAGGCUGCAGGCGGGCGUCAUGGCCUCCCCGCCGCCGCCCGGCCUGCCCGCGGGCGGGCCCCUGGCCGGCCCCCACCACGCCUGGGACGAGGAGCCCAAGCCGCUGCUCUGCUCGCAGUACGAGACGCUCUCCGACAGCGAGUGA